AUGGAGGCCGUGCUGGACGAGUUUUACGCGCAGAUCAUGGACAAACUGGAACGGGACGAGCUGAUACCGGCGUACAAGCGGACGCAGCACCGGGAGUACCUGGUCACCGUGGUGGAAGGCCUGUGCGGCCCGUGGUGCGGCGGCGACCGUCGCCGGGCCAGCGAGGCGGCGUUGGCCGGGGCCGUGGCCCAUCACGGCCGCGCGGUCCGCGACAACGGGUCCGUGUGCCCGCUGGGCAAACACCACGACAUUCUGUACGUGAUGGCCCGGUUCGCCGUGGACGCUGACGCCGGCCCCGGGCCCGUCGCCGCGCUGCUGAACGCCAUUUACACGUAACUAACGAUACCAAUAAUUAUACGCGUCACGAUCUAAAUACGCUAUUACGUUUGUAUUUUCUCACUUGUAAUCCCCUCUGAUCGUUUUUCCCGCCUUAUCGUUUAGACUCGCGUAUACGUGUUUGGUAUAAUUUGACAAUAAUGGGGGGAAGGGGCGACGGGGGAAAUAGAGUUUACGUCUAGUAAUUAUUGUUGUUUUUGAAAAUGUCGCGCUUAAAACGCGGACCGAUGCGUUCCGAAAAUAACACUAUCCUCAUCAGCGGCCAUUAUUACAAGCGAUCCCGACUAUCUCAACUCUCCUCCGGUUUGUACGCCAGUACGCCACUGAUUCGAUUCGAAAACUUUAUAGGCGGGUUACGUCAACAUAAUUACCGCGAUAUGCUUUUACUCGUCGUAAUUUUUCAAUUCUGCGCUUGACCCGUAAUAAAACAACACUUAUAAUAUACGCACGUGUGUGUUUUCGCGCCUUUUCCGCGUUUUACACAGAUUACAGUAGACGCAUUUGUAUAUAACAGUCGUAAUAUAAAGGGUGUCCCACGAAGUGCGAUCGUUCAUUGCGAUAAUCCGGAAAGUAUUCAUUUUUUUUUUUUGGAAUUUAAGAUACAAAUAUAGCUCUAUACAAUUUUACAUUUCCAUUGUUAUUCUAUAUCGUCCCAAUUUUCGGAGGUGAACCGACUAUUAAUAUUUUUUGAUUUUAAACCAUGGCAACCUAUGUCAGAAAUGCCAUAAACAGACGGUAAAAUAGUUUAAAUAGGUACGGCGUUGAAAUGAUUGGUUUUCGUCAACGGGUAAAAAAAUAAAAUGUCGAAAAAAGUUGAUGCUCUCCAAGAUAUCGUAAUUCUUCGUGUAACACCUCGUAUAUAUCGGUCCGUAAGUUUUCAAACGGUUCGUUUGACCAAAAAGUACCCGCGUAUAGUUAAAUCGGAUUGAACGUGUUCGGUUGACCAGAGGCUUCAUGUGAUGGGAAUGUCUCGAUGUAGUUUUUUUUUUUUUAUAAAGCAUUUUAUAAUAAUAUAUAAAGUAUUCUGGUUUUUUUUUUUUUUUUCUAUUCGUAAUAAUAUAAAUUCAAGUUUAUUUUCCAAACACAAGUCAUAUAUGAUAACUUUGUCAUCCGUAUAUAUAAGUUAUUUUCAUGAUAUUUAGUCGAGUGUGCAAUCGCAAAACGCACGAAUUCUUAAACCGUUUAAACUUUUAAAGUUUAAAUAAAUGUUUGUGGCAUAGAAAUAAAUAAUUAUAGCACACAGACUUCUAUUUUAUACAACUCACGAGGUAUAUGACAUAAAUACAUAAUUGUUCAGGAGUUAGCGGUUGACAAACGCGUAUUCGAGAUUUUAUUUACAUUUCCCUCGGGGAAAAUCCUUUUCGACAUCCAAAUCACGACUGGGAAGGCACUUUAGGGAAAUAAUUUUUUGAUUUUCCGAGGAGUUUUCUCAACAAAAUGGGAAAAAUCGGGAAAAAAACGUAGGAAAACAGGAAAAUAGGUACAGUAUUUAACAAAUAUAAUUAACGAACAUUUUUUGUGCACGUGCAAUUAUUUUAUCAUAAUAUGAUAUUGUUGACAAAAAACUCUGUCAAACGAACUCCGUUCAGAAUCGUUUUUUCGUUAGCAAUCGUUGCGUACAGAUGUACAUUAAAUUUUCGUCUAUAUCCUGCCUUCCCGACUUCCCGCCUACAACAGUGACUGCACCUGUCCCCGUUAUUCUAGGACAAAUUUGUUUUUUUUUGUACCGUAUUUUAAACGAAUUUUCGAACGCGUUAAAUAUGAUGCGACGAAGAAACGCGAUAUUGUGGAACACGGAUCCGUUCGAUCGGUAUAAAUGUACCGGCGAUCACCACGCUGUUGACGAUCGGACGAGAAUGUCGGGCCGACGGACGUCAUACUUUUAGGUUAGGUCAGGUUAGGUUGAGCGAAUGGGUGACCGAAAAGUAAACAGCCGUCCGGGGAUCCGUAUGUCUCGGCGCGCCCGUUUCGUAUCCACGGCCGUUGCGUACGACGAGCACGCACCCGGGGACACGAUCGCGGCGGCCGCGCCCGGCAAUCGAUCAAAACAAACAGAACUUUUAAGCGGGCCGAAUGCGCCGGAUUUCUCCG